AUGUCUGAAAAUUUACAACAAUUUCUUCAGCUUAUUGUCAUUUUAUUAUUAAUCAAUCAGAACUUUUCGAAGUUUGAAUUUACGAAUGUAAAGUGCAAUUCCUUGGAUAAGCAAUUCGAUGACUUUGAAUAUUGCUACCUAAAAUCCGUGAAUCGGACAUACAAAUACGUAUCCAUUAAAGUUAAUUUAUUCAAGACUCCCGUAAACAUAGCAAUGAAAAAACGCUUUAAUGGAUACAGACCCUUUUUAUUCAAUAUCACUGUGGAUGCCUGCAGAUUCCUUUCGGAUCCCUCGUCCAACCCGCAAGCUAAUUAUUUUUACGGAUUCUUGACAACCCACACAAACAUAAAUCACACCUGCCCCUUUGUUACGGAUAUCAUCUUCGAAAAAUUGAGCGCCGAAUUUAUUAACUACAGGGUUUCGAAAAUUUUACCCUUUCCUGAAGGCGACUAUCUUCUGGAAACCAACUGGAUUGCUUACGAUAUAAAUCGAGCUACAGCAAAGUUUUAUGGCACUCUAUCUUAA